AGAUACAAGUGCUGAAUUCCGCCAAUUAUGUGGCGGCUUGCGGUUAAUUUGGGAGGCCCGUGUUCACCAAGGCUUUGCCCAUGAAGCUGAAGAAAGCACACAACAGAUAGAGCAACUUGUCAAUGACGUCCGCCAAAAUGGUUAUCGAUUGGUACUUUCAGGACAUUCCCUGGGCGGAGCUGUUGCACAGUUGGUCGCCAUUCGGAUGCUUCGAGCAUACCCAGGAAUACUAAAAGAUAAAUUGAAAUGCAUCUCCAUUGGGGCACCAUUGGUAGGCAACCAUCAGUUGGCCCAGUGCGUAGAGCGAUGUGGGUGGCGGUCUAAUUUUCAUCACUUAGUUUACCGUUCAGACAUCAUUCCACGACUAUUAUGUGUGGAUCAGAUGGCCCGAGAUUUGGCCGAUCAAUUCAUUCAAAGUAUUUUGGGACUACCAAGUUCGCUACAACGAUGGUUUAAGUCAAAUUCAAACGCGAAUGAAGGUCCAAUGAAGGCGAUGGACGCCAUGGACACCCAAAUCAAAGAAGGGGAGGAUUCCGUAGAGGGUGAGAAGACACCGCCGCCCACAACUGAACAUCGCGUACAUCGCAUGUACGCAUGCUUCGGCCGAUACCAUUUUCUCAACCACGGUGGCGUCAAUUAUUUCUCAACCGAUGAUUCGGAAGUGGCAUUUCAUCGUCUAAAAGAAGGUUGCGGGAGCGACAACAAUCUAUUGGACCAUUCCAUUUCCAGUUACAACAGGGCCGUUUUUUUGCAGUUGUGCUUUCAGUAA